CACAGUGUUUACAACUUCUCGCAAUGAACUGGUGAAUAGAAAUACAAAGUCCCCAAAUAGAAGGACGUCGAAUAAUUUUGUAUACUGUUGGGACUCUCCGGCUUAAGGUGAAACUUUGACGACGUCGAGGAGAAAAGUGUUUGUAGCCAAACUGCAAGCAGAACCAAAGGCCAGGCAAGCCAUAACACAGGCUAGUGGGUGCUGUGAUGUCCUCGACCCCCAGCAGACUCAAACACCCACACUGCAGGAAGAAGCACUAUCCCAGUAGCACUUACCUCACCCACGUCUGACAGCCAAUCACCGGACACAAGGCACUUGGACGCCAGGUACAGGACUUGACAGGAAGGAUUGAUAAACAAAUAGAGAUGUCUGACUCAGCUGGAGGUGGUGAAAGUGGAGGUGUAGCAGGCGCAGGGCAGGAAUCGGAUGCGGAUAGUGAGCCCCCUCAACAGGCACCAACUUUACCUGAAGGUGACAGCAUAGAGGUAGGUGAAACCUCAGCGGAAGAGGCACCUCCAUCUGCCAAGCGGCCCAGAAUGAGCGAGGAGGAGCAGGGGCUGGAGCAGGUUGCAAAGGCCAUCGAGAUGCAUGGAGAAACACCAGCACAGGCGGGAUUGCUGCAGGGAGACACAGCCCCACCAUCACAAAGAAAGGAACCAGUACAAUGUGAGGAGGAAGGUCGAGAAGGAGAAGAGGUGCCAGUCAGUAGGGGAGGUGAAGAAGAAUGCCAUCAGAAUGGCGAUGGAGGGCAUGAUGCGCCCUUAGAAGGAGAGACGAAACCAGAGGAAGAGCACAACGGUAACAGAUCUGCCGACAGCCCCAGUGAGGGACAGCACCUUGGCCUAGAUUUUACCCAGAACCCCCAGAUGCUGACUGGUUCCUGGACUGAGUUCUCCAGCCUUCCAGAGAAUUACCUUAAAGGCUGCAAAUGGGCCCCUGAUGGUUCCUGUAUCCUGACCAACAGUGCAGACAAUGUGCUUCGUGUGUACAAUCUCCCUCCAGAGAUUUACAGCUACAACUGGGACUUGCUUCCUGAGAUGAGUCCGGUGCUUCGGAUGGCAGAGGGAGACACCAUCUACGACUACUGCUGGUACCCCAAGAUGAACUCUCUGGACCCGGACACAUGCUUUCUAGCCAGCAGUAGCCGCGACAACCCGGUCCACAUGUGGGAUGCGUUUUAUGGGGAAGUGCGAGCCAGUUUCCGACCCUACAAUCACCUGGAUGAGCUGACGGCGGCCCACUCCCUCUGCUUCUCACCCGAUGGAACGCAACUGUACUGCGGCUUUGACAAAACCGUCCGGGUCUUCUACACUGAGCGUCCUGGAAGAGACUGUGAGGAGAGGCCCACCAUAGUGAAGAAGCAGGGCCAAAGUGGCAUCAUCUCCAGCUUUGGCUUCAGCCCCUGCCAGUCUGUUUACGCCUGUGGCUCUUACUCCCGCUGCGCUGGCCUCUACUCCUGCCAAGACGGCACCCUGCUGGCUCUGCUGCCGACCCGCCACCACGGAGGCCUCACCCAUCUGCUCUUCUCCCCUGACGGCAACUACCUGUACACCGGCGGGCGCAAGGAUCCAGAAAUCCUGUGCUGGGACCUAAGGGAGCCAGGCAAGGUUGUCUUUUCACUGAAGAGGAACGUGGCCACUAACCAGCGCAUCUACUUUGACCUGGACCUGUCAGGAAGGUACCUGCUGAGUGGCGACACAGAGGGGGUGGUGUCAGUAUGGGACACCCAGACAGCGCCUCCUGAUGGUAAUGAGGAGCUACUGCAGCCUCAGCUCAGGUUCCAGGCCCAUUGGGACUGCACCAACGGUAUCAGUAUUCAUCCCUUCAUGCCAUUGUUGGCAACCUCCAGCGGGCAGCGUCAGUUCCCGUGGCCCGGCGACAGCGAGGGUGACUCGGCCUCCGACGGCGAGGGGGGUGAAGCUGUGAUGUCACCGCAGGAAACCCGACAAGACAACACCCUGAGUCUGUGGUGGGCCGGGCCACUCGGCCCUGCCGCAGAGGGGCACCAGGGUCCGAGUACAGAGGUGGUGGAGGCCUGAAGCUCUGUUCCUUCAGCCAGCUGACACAAAUUGAGUUAUGCCUGCCAUGUGAUAUUUAUUUAGAAAUAUUGCUAUGGAUAAAGCUAAUUAUAGGUCAGUCAGAUUCUCUUUGCCAUCAGCAACAUGAAGUCCUGAGGCUGAAGAGCAUUUCUGGAUCAUUUUUAAACAUCCGUUUACCUUAAACAUUUACAGUCCAAAUGAAUUUCGUAACAUAUCACCUGCAAGCUUACACCAUUUACAGACCACAGUACUCUCACUUGCAGAGUAAAACAUUAAAGGAUUAUGAAACAUCAGGUCAGUACAGAACAGAUUUUCAGGGCUCUGUGUUUGAAGACGUGACGUCAUUGUUAGAAGACCAGUUUGCUAAAUAAGAAGUGUAACUAAAUGGCUGACUGUGGUCAGUGCUAAAACUAAGGAGGUUUUCUUUCAAAUCUUACUCAGGUUGAGACAAGAUGUGGGUUGUGUAAGGAGUGGAGCCUGAUAUUUCUCAGUUUUGUUAUUUAAUUAGUUUUUAUGCAGCCAAGAUAAAAAAAAAAAAAAUCUAUGAACCUUUUGUUGCCCUUUUUUAUUUUAAUGUGGAAUUUACUUCCUGAAUUGGGUGAAUUUGGUUGGAUUGAAAGCGCUGGCUGUGGUGUGAAGCAGCCCGGUGUCUGUCGACCGAUCGCACCUCCGAUCUGUGUUGAAUCUGUGGGAGUGUUUGUUUACUUGUGUGUGGCCAUAAUGCUGCCCCAGAGAUUCCAAACUGCUAUAGUUACAGCAAGUGCCAUUUGUUCUUGAGCUUUGCUUUUGUAAACUGACGAUCUCCUGUUUUUACCUUCUUUUUUAAACUAUUGGACGCACCAAAUGUUGGGUCGCGGAGUGAAUGCCCACAAAUGUAUAUUUUUGUAAAGCCAUGUUGAUCAUUCUCAUUUUCCGAAUGUAUACUCUGUAAGCAGCUAGCUUGAUUACUGUAACCUCAUAACAAUCUGUGAAAGUCUUAGUAGUGGAUGCACCUGGAAAACGAGUGAUGUCUUGAUUAUUUUUUUCUACAGAUUGUGCUCAGAUUACAUUUGUACCUCUGUGAGUGGUGAUGUGGCAGCACAAAACACACUGUAUUUGAAUAAUUGCAUUAGUAAUGUACUGCAGUGAUUUGCUCAAUGCUUAUGUUGCCAUCAAUGGGGUGUGCUUUGCUGUGGGGUGUCUCCAAACUAAGCCUUGUACCUUUUAGACACAGAGGAAUCAGUUCAUAUUGAAGCCUGUGCUGAUUCAGGUUUCACAUCUUUUUGCCAAGUAAUAAGACUUACAAUCGUGUAGCUACUAAUACAACACAAAUUUGCUAUACCAGGAAGCAUUAGGAAAUCUCCAGGUGGAUGGUUGUGUCUAUGACAGGUGGCUUUCUACUGGUUUUAUUCAAGCUGGGGUGAAUUAAAAGCAUAUCUCAUCACAGGUUCACAGCCUCAUUCAGUUUUGUCCUUUCUGGUUAAGGCAGUCCAGAGUUGGAUGCCCUGUAAUAAAUCCCCGGUGAAUGCAAGGUGAUGUUACAUUCAAGUCAAGAGGCAGCUCUUAAAAAGCUAAAGGGACUUUUGGCUUCUGCUUGUGAGAUGGAAGCUAUUCAUAGCUUUCACCUUUCCCACACACAUUCUGUAUGAAUGCACGCACACUCAUGUAUUUGAUUGUCUGAAACCACAGGGGCACACCGAGCAGAGAGCCAAGUUGGAGAGCUGCACUGUUGUGUUGUGCAGGUUGCUUAGCGACCGUCUCCGCCUUGAGAGAGGAAAGUAGGUAGCAAGACAACAGGAAGGAAAAUUGCGAGCAGAGAAAGAAAAAAUGGCAAACAAGUGUUAGAGAUAAUCCAGCGGUGCAGUGAUUGCUAUGUGUUUGUCUGAUGUGCUGGACUUGUCAUAAUGUCAGCCCCACCUGUGUGUGUGUGUACUACUUGAUCGCAGUGAUCAAAGGAAACCAGAUGCACACAUGAUCAAGACAAAAUAGGGUAAUUAUUGUAUUUGAAAGCUGUUGGAAUCCAAAUGUCUGUAUUAAGAAAGA